AAUGGUCAAUGGACUUUUAGUUGAGAAAGAUGGAUCCGACUGGUCUAUACGAUUGUACUGUCAAAGUCAAAGAAGAACCUUGUGAUGCAGCUUUUAUCGACAGUGAUUGCGACGCGAUCGAUGAGAAGCCUGAUGUUAAAAAUUUGCGAGUCUUCAGAGAAUAUUCGACGCUUCAAGGAUGUAACGAAAAUCAUGAAAAUGAACUCGACGAAAUGCACAUUGAACUUGAGUGUAAAGAAAUGAAGCCUAGUAUGAAUUUGUUUGAAGUAAAGAAAAUUGACGAUUAUGAAACUCAAACCAUAAUUAAAUCAGAAACUGAGGACAGCGUGAAAAAAGAAAUGAAUCCAAAUCUCGAUUGUGAACCCGGCGAGAAAAAUAAAAAGAGAAGAGAUAGAAAAAAGUUGAACGUUAUCGAUAGAUUCAUGAGCCACACCGGUGAGGUGCGCAAUGAUAAAACCCAUCCAUGUAAAAUAUGCGGAAAGAAAUACGCAAAUAAAGGUACUCUAAGAAUCCACAUCAAUUCAGUGCACAACGGUGUCACAUAUGCAUGUGAUGUAUGCCACGAUACAUUUUCACGAAAGCAUCAUCUCAAACGCCACAUCGAUUCAGUGCACAACGGUGUCACAUAUGCAUGUGAUGAAUGCCCCAAUACAUUUUCACGAAAGAAUUAUCUCAAAAUCCACAUGCAUGUGAUGCAUAAUGGUAUUAAACCAAAGUGCGAUACAUGCGGAAAAUCAUUUGCAAAUAAAAGCAAUCUCAAAAGCCACAUCGAUGAUGUGCACAGAGGUAUUAAACAUAGAUGUGAUAUUUGCGGAAAGAAGUUCUCAACUAAGCGUUACCUCAAUGAUCACAUCAAUUCAACGCAUAACGGUAUCCAUCACGCAUGUGGUUUCUGCGAUAAAAAAUAUAAACAUCGAUCUGCUCUCAAUAAGCAUCUGAGAUCGACGCACAAUGGUAUCACCCGUGGUUGUGAUUUAUGCGGAAAAACUUUUGGGCGAAACAAAAAUCUCAUAGCCCACAUGGAUGUGGCGCAUCCCUCCCGCAUUACGAACUAAU